AUUCAGAACGUGUAUCACUUCCUGGUUAAAAAAGGAAUUUGGAGGUAGUUAAUAGAUUAUUAAAGAAGAAUGGACUUGAUAUACGUUAUUCAUUAUCUAGCUGGAUUGUCAUUAGCAUAUGCAUUUGAUGACCUAUCUCACAGCAAAUUCGCUUCCCAAUCUCAUUCAUACAUAGGCACGAUAUAUGAAGCAGGUAACGCAGUUGAUAGAAAAACAUUAACGUGUAUGAGGACACAGGAUAUAGGAACCACCUCAUUGAAGAGGACUGUUUGGUGGAAAGUGGAUCUUGGUGGAGUGUAUAGUAUAUACAGCAUUAACAUACUGUUUAAAGACUACGAUGGUUACGAGAACAGACAACGUGGACGUUUUGCUGGAUUCUCUUUGUAUGUAUCAACCACUGGUGAUAUUCGGGGGUCCACUUUGUGCUACAAGAAUGGACCACAGUUACCGCCCCUGAAUUUUACAACAACGUGUACAGAACAUGGACGUUACGUCAUCUUUUAUAACGAACGACUGGAUGGAAUAAGCUAUCCAGAAGGAUAUGAAAAAACCAGUGUUUAUACUGAACUGUGUGAAGUUAUUGUACAAGGAUGUAAAAGUUCUGGUGUAUUUGGCAUUGACUGUGACAGAUCAUGCCCAGCCAACUGUAAAGACAACAUGUGUAACGCAGAGAAUAGAUCUUGUGUAGGGUGUAAAACUGGAUGGACAGGGACUUCUUGCGAUACAGAAUGUAUGGAAGGUUGGUAUGGUGUAAACUGUAGUCAGAAGUGCUUAGAACAGUGUAGAGACAACUCUACCUGCAAUCACGUGACUGGCCUCUGUGAUAAAAGAUGUGAUGCUGGAUGGACAGGAACAUUAUGUGAGAAAGCUUGUCAAUCGGGGUAUUAUGGUGAAAACUGUUCCAUGCCGUGUUCUCCAAACUGUAAAACAUGUCGAAACACAGAUGGUCUAUGUUCCUGUAAGGCUGGUUGGAUGGGUCAUAAUUGUUCAAUAGAAUGUACUCAGUCCUAUGGAGAAAACUGCCAGUAUUCGUGCAGUUUACACUGUAUCAACCAGACAUGUGACAGAUUUAACGGAAAUUGUUUGUGUGCUGGCAAACUUGAUAGAAUGCAGGAUGUUCAGACGAAUGAAGUAGCAUCUAGCACCUUUUGGAUUGUUGCCUUUUGUAUAUCGCUGGUCAUCAACAUUAUAUUCAUUUCUGCUUCGUUAAUUCGUCGACGGAAAACAUUCAGGGAACAGAAAUACACAACAGAUUUGGUUAUUUUAUCCGGAUUAACACCGAAUACAGAGCAGACUGUCGCCAUUGAACCAAAUCACUAUCAAGAACUCGGUGUAUCACUAAACGAAAACACCUAUCCAAAUCUGAGUACAGAGCAGACUGUAGCUAUUGAACCAAAUCACUAUCUAGAACUCGGUGUAUCACUAAACGAAAACACCUAUCUGAGUCACCUGUGACUGUCACAGUUUAAAAUAUGUUUGUAAUUUUUAGUGGACCUACGGGUCACAGAAUGUGUUAAAAUUGUGGACCUGUGCCAUUUAGUUACCGUUUAGUUAUUUUUAAGUGACUUUUAUGUUACUAAAUGACAUAAUUUAUAUGUUAUUGUUUCUAUUCAGUCUGUGCAAAGAAAUUGUAUAUUCUAACCUUAAGGGUAUUUACUAUGAGUAAUCAAUAGUAAAGCAAUGAUGUAUCGGCAAUGUUUUCAGAAUAGCUUACCAAUCAACUCUGCAUCAAAAAGAUACGCUAUAAAAUGAGAUGUCCACCAGGAUAUCAUAUGGGAUAAUAUUAAUAUUAAAAUCGCAUCUGUAAUAUUGUCAUUUUUAUACCACAAAUAUUUUUAUCUUUCGCGUAACUAGAUUAAAAAAUGCUAUUUACUAUUUAACAUGAACUAGCUAUCACGUAUUGUAUGUGUUUUACAUUAUAGUUUACGUCAAUGUUAAUCUAACUAAUAAGUAAGAUUUUAUAAUAAUGUACUUAUCCAAUUUUAAGGUACUUUAACUCAGGACUUAGGUCUCCAACACAGUUGGUCAAUAAUCAUUUAUUACGAUUAAGAAUUGUAUAAGUCUUUGUUUUGUGCAAUAUUACAAUAAAGACUACCAAAAAACUAAAGAAGGGUAUAGUCCACUAAUGCAUAUUGCCUAGACAGUAAUGUUAACUUUAGGGUUCUUAACUUUAGCCCUAGUUUCCGUUCAGUAACGAGAGACCUCUUAAAGGGGC